GAGUUAUAUGUUUCGAUCGGCAGUUCAAAGAGAUCCCAUUUUUCCUCUGAUUCAAGGUCCUGGCCCAGGGCAGUAUGAAAUAAAGGAUGUCCAACCAGUUUCAAUACGAUCGUCCUUCGUAUCAAAAGUACCACGAAUAUUGCCAGCUCACACUAAAGUCCCUGGUCCAGGAUAUUAUUGGCCUACCAAGCAGGCACCAAGACAGCCUAGAACUAUUGCCAGCCUUGGACGGGAGCAUACUAUUUUCUUUAGCAACGUUCCUGAACUUUAGAAUACAAAGGAUACGUCGUUGUGACACCUUCAUUAAGACAAGCUUCCUGAUUUUUAUUCCUCUUCAUUUUAAAUGAUUAUGUUGUUAAUCUAUGCAAAUGCUAAUUUGAUCAAUGUUUUUUUUUAGCAUCCUAGAUUGUUUUUGGUUUUAAAUCAUGGCAUACUUUAUAACUGUGGUUAAAUCAUGGCAUAUCCUGUGACUGAAUAUUUUGUAAUUUGCCUGAACUUAAAUCAUUCAGAGACAGCAGUAUUUGCUAAAUGCAAGGUCAGCAUUGGAAGAGAAAGAGAAUAGAGAUGACUUAAGUUAUCCAAAAGGAUUGGCCUUCUCAUCUUUUUCCUGAUAAGAAGGAUCAUUUGGUGUCAGCAUAUCUAAAUGCC